UUACCUUUGGCUAGAAUAAAGAAAAUUAUGAAAUCGGAUCCAAGUGUUAGGAUGAUAUCUUGGGAAGCUCCACUUUUGUUUGCUAAAGCUUGCGAGUUUUUUAUUUUAGAGUUAACAGCUAGAUCGUGGAUCCAUACAGAUUUAAGUAAAAGAAGAACUCUGCAGAGAUCAGAUAUAAUACACGGUGUUUCAAGGGUGGAGGCUUUUGAUUUCCUAAUUGACGUUUUGCCAAGGGAUGAAAUCAAACCG